ACAUUGGCCCGAGUUUUUAGCCCAGUGUUAACGAGAACAACGACCACUGGCCCAGUGUUUACCCCAGUAUUACCAAGGACGCCGACCACUGCCCCAUGCAUACCACACCAGCGAGCAUGAGACAAUUAUCCCCUGGCAGUUAGCGCUCGCUGGAGCCUGUAACAACGGGCACUCCUCGUGCAAGAUGUCCACACCAAUGCAACGCAUCUGCAACUUUCCAAAUUUUACACAACAUGCCUAUAGAUAUGGAAUUGCACUUUCCUGCAUUGGUGUUUUAUUAAACUGGCUGGGUGUUGCCCAGGCACAUAUCGAGUCUGUCCGAUACUUAGGGGUUGGAUUAGUAAUCAUCGGAUCCUUCCUUAUCAUUGCCGCUAUGUGCCGCUGGAUGUUCCUCUUACCUCAACCUAGUGCCGUCCAUGAGGUAAACUCUGAUAGAGUGAGUGACCUGCAUGUGAUCACCGUCCCCAUGGGUCGCUCACAAGGCCGCUCUUGCACUCCAGGAACCUCAACAGCAUCCCAGGGAAAACCACCAGACUAUUUCUUAGUUACUGAAAAGCCGCCAAGCUAUGAGGAAGCUAUGUCCAUGUUGCCCCCAUACUCCACUGCACAAACGGGCUCUUUGCAGUUGAAUACAGAAGGUGGCUUGGGAGAUUUUUUGGCUCCUCAUCAAGUACCUGAAAGCCAUCUUGAAGGUGCCACUGGUAUAUCUUUACAGCAUUCAGAUAACAGAAUGGAGACUGGUAGUUUUGAAGGGUCUGAAUGCUCAGUUGGCCCAAUACCACCACCUCCUGCAUAUUCCAGCCAAAUGUCACUGUGUGCCUCGCUCUCCACAGGUGCAAGCAGUGAUAACAUGUGCCCACCCCUAGAAGACAAUACAUGCUGCCAUGACAUAAGCAACUACACACAGGUGCCCCCUACACAGGAUCCUGGGCAUUGCAUGCUCUCGGUAGUUAAUCCAUCCAUAAACACAAAUGAACAAACUCCUGAAUCUAUUGAACCUCCUGAAAAAUGUCAGAAGACUAGUCACACAUCAUCCUCAGUAGAUGCUGGUGUUGAGAAAUAGAUCAACUGAAUGUACAUGCACUGAACACUUAAUUCAAAAGAUGCACAUUACACAAUGCAGUUGCAAAAUUUUAGUGUGAUUGUGAAGUGCAGAGAAUAAGUCACAGUAUCAUGGGUGAAACAAGUAACUUGACCCCACAAAUAUGAAAUGUAAUGAAAGUAGCAAUAUUUCAGUCUGACCUCUGAUAAAGGUCCAGGACGGACUGAAACUUUGUCACAUUUAUUUAAUUUCAUAUGUGGAAUGUGUUAUUUGUUUGUGAAAUGUUUAAAAGUAGGUUCACAGGGGGAAGUAUUCCAAACAAACUACAGCAUACACUUUUCUCAAGAAUACGAAAUAGGUUAGUUAAUACAUGCAGAAAUCACAAUAGCAUGAUAGUUUGAGUUAUCGAUAUCGAAUAGUGAUAAUAUUAAGUUCAAACUUUCAUCACAGCCCUUGUGGAUUUGUUCAUUUACUAGUUAAUGUAAAUUUAAUUUAUAGUUUAUUUUGUUUAAAGAUUUCAUAUAUGUAGCCAUUAUAUAUCUGAAAAUAUAUCUUAAUAUAUUAGGUUUUCAUUAAGUUUAAAUAUUAAGCUUUAUGAUUUUGGUGCUAAUUAUACCAUAGUAUAUUUCGGUUCUGAGUAGGAUACAAACACGUAGCCAACUCUUAUAAAUAUAUCUUAUAUUUUUAUUAUAGAAUACCUCAGGAAAAUAUAUUGUUUCCUUAAGUCAGCAUUUAACAAAAGGUUUAUUUUGAAAUUUAGGCCUAAAAUUCAUCUUCACUUAGUCAGAUUUGUUAUGGAAUUAUGCUAAAUAGCAUCAUAACCUCUGUUGCUUAAAGUUUAUUGUUUGAAGGCUUUGGUUCAGCCUGGUGACCCCUGAGCUGGUUAAGGGUCCUUGUUCAUCCUGGUGACCCCAGCCCUGAGCUGGUUAAGGGUCCUUGUUCAUCCUGGUGACCCCAGCCCUGAGCUGGUCGAAAGUCAGUGACCAGCCCUAAGGGAUUGGGGGUCGUGGUUCAACAGUGACCAGCCCUGACCUGGUUGAGGGUCAGUAACCAGCUCUGGGCUGGUCCUAAAACAGCAACUAAUCCUGCAAACUAAUUCACUGCCAAUUAUUCUCCUCAACUAAAUCAAUCCUGUUCCUGAAAGUAGAAAAUAAACACAGUGCCCUUAAUUUAUGGUCUCUUAGUUACUGUAUUUAGUGUUAAAAAGAAUCAUAUUUGUUUAAUAAAUCACUUUGAAAUCUGUUAAAAGUUCACCAUUACAUAUCAGGCGAUGAACAGCCAAAUACACUUAUUCACACUCAUCUCUCACUUACAUGUUUCGUAAUUUUGUUACAUUUGCUAUAUCACAUCCAUUGCAUACCCACUAAUACCACCGCACCAUCAUGCCACCUCAUCAUUGCAUGUUCUUUCGAGUGUGUUGCAACUGCAUGAAUGCUUCUCAUCUACUCAUUUCUCUCUGAGUUUUGUGAUUAUUAUUGAUGGAGUAUUAUAUUCCUUGUGUAUUAUUAUUAUCCCUCUGAUAUUUUAUCCCUGUCUCUAUCUGUCUGUCUCUCUCUCAGACCACGAAACCUUCGGACUGAUGAGUGUGGCUCCCACGGGCCACACGAAACAGCUGUAUCCGAGUUUUUUUUUUAAAUACUGUAGGUACUUCGUAGAAAAGUGAUACAAAAAACCACGGGAAUAGUGUUCAGUUACUUGCGUGUGUUGGAGAAAAACUCAGUCCACGAGUGAGACGACUCACUCCCUAAAGUGUUGUGAUCGAAACCUAAAAAAACCGCCACCCCGAGUUUUAUGAAAAAAGCUGUUUCCUUCACCCAUACUGACAUACAUUUUCUCCAGAACCCACCGCAUCGGCAACAAGAACUAACCCACGGAAUAAACCUAACUUCUCCAAUACCAGAAAAAACCGUGUACAACAAAAAACUGAGGUAAGUCAAGGGGGACAUGCAAGGUCACAAUAGGGCAAGUGAACAUAACACACACACCCCAGAACAAACAGACCAAGUGCAAAAUUCCCAGGGUUUCUCAUUGGGUAUAGACAUGAACCCUUACCCGAAUCCACAACGCCCAGUCACACAGGCAACAAGCAGGGAACCAGCGGGACAAACCCCCCCCCCUAGACUCAUCCCUCUCCUCCCUACAAAUAAUCCCCUCACUCACUCCAUUUCUCCCCCCCCCCCCCCCUCACACCAGGGACAAAUCCAGGUCCAAACCCAAAUGCAAACUGAGCCCCAUGCCUGCCAGGAUACCAUCUCACCCAAUGGCCUGGUUGACGACCUGACGGCAUAAUCAGCAGACGCAUGGGCAGACCUGAUAAAAGACCUGCAGAGGAACCCCACAGUCGGCCCACCAUUGGCAGCACUACCUAGCCUAUGGGCGGAGGCUCGAGUAUGAGGAGGAGCAGGGGGAAAAAUCCUACAAUCCCUCCCAUUUACCAGAUCCGCACCAGACAUUUUGCCUGAGUGUCAAACAUUAAGGAAAUGGUUGAGAACUCUUCCUUUCGGAAUGACCCUUUGUAGACAUUGAACUGUCGGGGAAGGAACAGGGGGUGACGGAAAUCCUGCGUCCAGUCUUCUCUACGCUUGACCACCUGAGAGAAAGACUGUGCCAGAUACAGAGAACGGCCAUUAGGAACAAAGCCCCGGUCUUCCUGACUCCGGCACACACUUUUCCUUUUUUCUCAGUGGACAUGCCCCUUCCCCCCGCCUUGGAAAAAUACAUAGAGAUUUUCUUUGACAGGCACGCAAGGGAAUCGGCAGCCCUGUUUACCCUUAUUUUAAAAGCAUCCAUAACAAGGGAGCAUACCAGAAAAGAGGAGAUAGUCAUGUGCCUCCUAGAGGAAGGGUAUCCUCAAGAGAGGAUAGGGGCAAUUCUCUGGUCAGCAUACAAUAGGUGUACAAAAGCUACCUGCACAGCACCCCCAGACCCUUUCUCAGGGAAAAUGCUGGUAAAAACUAACAAACGUACGGUGCCAUACAGUGAGUUUAGGAAAAUCCCCCAGACUGACACGCAUCUAACCCUAAGGGAAUCAGUGUUCAAAAUAAUUGCACCAGGGGUUCCCAAGAUUGGAGAGGGGAUGUCGAACCCCUCAGUCUGGGAUCUGACCCUAGACACUGACGAAUCCAUAAUAAACCCACAAAUACCCCAACCACAAACCGUGAAAACACAAGGGCAAGGGCACCGACAACGGUCAAAAAGCCGGAGUAGGAAACCCCACAACCCGCCACCACAAGCAAAACGGCCAGGUAAAAAAACGAAAAAGGUAAGCAUCCCCGAAGACGACUCCCCUACCAGACGGGACGCAAACCCAGCACCACCCAAGAAACCAAAAAACAGGGAACACACUCCUAAUAAUAGGAGCAACACACCCACAAGCAGGGGGACAUCACACAGCCCCCACAGACAGAAACCCCCGUCCUCAAAAGAGCGUCCCCGGACAUCCAGCAGGGGGCGCCCCUGAUCCAACACCAGGGGUAAGCGAGGUUCGGGCGACAUGAACUCCCGGACCCCCCCCCCCCCCCCCCGAUCAAACAGGGGAAAACAGAAAGCGACUCGCUCACCUGACAGGCGUCCUCAAAAAAACGGAGGAAAAGGGAAAGGGUGGAAAGAUGGUGGAAGAAGCAGGUCGAGAAACGGAAAAAAAAAAAGGGAAACGGAAGGAGCUGGUAAGACGCUCAGUAGUUUCCGAGGUCCACAUCUCAGACCACGAAAGAGAACUUCUGGGCAAAGGCCUUACCUUUGUCCCGGGCUCUCUGCCCAGGCACAAACGCUUAGGGUUCGUGAGAGCCGCCAUGGGAUCCCUAGAGGACCAGAUCAAUGAAACCUGGUCCAUGCUCAGAGUGACAGAACAAAGGGUAAAUACACCUAUCACCCCACGGACACACCGUUCUAGGACACCUAGGUCACUCUCAGUAAGGUACAUGAACCCUCCCCUCCAAAAAACCCAAACCCUAUUCAAACUGAAUGGCCUGAGUGAUUGCAUGGACCACUUGACUUCUUCCCUCAUAAAACAGGUAGACGAAAGACGACAAUAUAACCUCCAACCGGAGCUUCGUUCAGCCCUGCGCCAUCUGGAAGAAAGGCGAGAUGUCGUCAUCAAACCGGCCGACAAGGGUGGAACAGUAGUGCUCUGGGAAAAAGAAAACUACUGUCGCGAAAUGGGUAGAUACCUGAUGGACGAAACAACCUACCAACAGGUGUCAAACAGAGAAACGGCACUCAGGAACGCCCAAACAAGAAGCAAAUCCCUCGUGCUCUCAUUUUUCAGGAACGAAGGCAAAGGGGGCAUCCUGAGAGCGUCAGCCAGAGACAUUUUUCUGGCCUUCCAAUCGGAGCUCCCAAAGAUCUAUCUGCUUCCUAAAAUACAUAAAGGAGUAGACCCGAUAACAGGAACCUGGCCGGGGCGCCCAGUCCUGAGCAGCUGCAGAGCCCCAACCAGACCUAUAGACAGGAUAUGCACGGCCCUUCUUAACCCGCUUCUCCGCCUUCUAGAGGAGCGGUUAGUGGACACCACAGACCUCCUGAUUAAGCUAAACAAAGUAGACAAGGAAUGGGGUCCAGUCCCGGAAGGAGCGACACUUUUCUCCUUGGACAUAGUGUCAUUAUACCUGAGCAUACCCCAACAUCACAGAGGGAGGCGGCUACAUAACCUAACUACAUAACCUAAGCUACAGCAUAGGAUCAGUAGAGACCUGAGAGAUGCAGGAAUCUACACACCUCCAUCAAGAGAUCUCCUCAUCGAAGCAAUCCUCCAUGUCAUGAGGGACACCAUCCUAACGUUCAAUAAUAAAACCUAUAGACAGAUAAGGGGACAGCGAUAGGAGCCUCCAGCAGCGUGGCCAUCGCAGAGAUCUUCGUCCAUGAGGUUUUCGAAUCCAGGAGAAUAAACCUUCAGAUGAAACCAAGAAUCUACUACAGGUACAUCAACGAUAUCUUCGGCAUCAUGCUGGGACUAAAAGAAAACCUGGACGCCUUCCAUACAUGGGCGAACUCGGUCCAUCCCAACUUGAGAUUUACGACAGAAAGAAGCACAAAGGAACUUAACUUCCUCAACACAACUAUCUACGUAAACCCGGAGACAAAGGCCUUCUAUAAACCAACAAAUCUCCAUACGUAUCUACAGUACGAUUCGAGCCACCCAAAACCUCUUAAAGAAUUUGCUCCCGUACUCUUUGGGCCUGAGACUGAAGAGGAUUAACAGUAAUCCCAGGUCCCUACACUCACAAUUAGAAGACCUCUGGGAUUUCUUCAGGAACAGGGACUACCCGGAAGAAGUACUUGAGGCAGCAGCACAGAAACUGAAGCAGAAAACGAGGGAAGAACUUCUGGCACAACCAACAGAGAAGAACCAGGACAGAGAUAUCCUGAUAGCAACAUUUUUCGAAGGCUUCAAAAAGCCUCUAAAAAACACGAGACAACUAUGGAAUUGGUUAGAGGACAGGUUCGGGGACCACCCCUCAUGGGAGAGUUUCCCCAAAAACCCGCCAAUGCUAGCCUGGAAGAGGAACAAAUCCCUAAAGGAUAAAUUAGUCUCGGCAGCACUUAGAGACAAUUGACCCAUAAGGGAAUACUAGGAAACCCACUUGUACACUAAGGAACCCAGUAGCCGGAGUCAUUACAAAGCAAUUAAAAAGACAUUACCCGCACACUUGCUGGGGAUAAGAAUCCAGCGGUUAAACGAAUAAACAGGAAGACUAAAGGGAACAAAAUGGCAACAUGACACGAGGUUGGGUUGAGGCUCAUCAAUGUAAAGUGUCUGUCUCUCUCUCUCUGCCUGCUCAAUUAAAAAUCCAUUAAUAUUAAUCAGGGCAUCAGCCUUUGAAGUACCCAUAGCCUGUGCAAUGUUACACUACACACACAUGCCAGUAUUCUGAGUGAAGGACAGUAAUGACAAUAUUACACUGAAAUGUUCAUAAAACAUGAGGGAACGAUUCAAAUUCGGGUAUACCAAAAUCUCAUAUUUUUAUUUCGUUUAGGGAUUUCAUCCUAUUUAUCAAUUCCUCAGGGCAUCGGAUGCCUUAGCUUCUCAGUCUCCCCAUCCACUUAACUUUUAUUGUUGCCACCUGCAAUUUCCUAAUUUGUUUGCAACUAAACAUAAUUGCAAUCCAAACUGCCUAAUCAUCUCUAGAGUUGGAGAAGAUACAGUACUUUACUCCCAUCUUUCAUAUUUGCCUUAGGUGCCCAUUUCAAAAUGGUAUAAUCAAAUUCUCGUAACAUUUAGUCCUAUUGGGUACAUUGCCAAGAUUUUAUCUUGUGUUUUGUUAGACAUAUUCAUCUACAUGUGACCAAAUGAAAGAUGCUCAGUUUUUUGCAUGUUGUUUAGGUAAAGUAUGUUAGAGUAGCAGAGUUUGUGUUCAUGGUGCAUGUCAUCUUACUCUCUAGAAAUGUACCUGGUUAGCUCAUAUUAUAUAUUGCUUACUUGGAAAAUAUUUAUGUAUGUAUGCUUGUGUGUGUUUUCAUUAGUUGAAUGGUUGAGACCAUUUCUUGUACGUUUCUAAUUAUAUUUUUUUAUAGAAAACUAUUUGUUUUGAAGUGAAGUGCUAACAGUUUUCAGGAAGGGUAUCAUGCAUCUAAGUUUUGGAAGAAUAGCAGGGCAGGACAGGGCAGGGCAAGGCAUGGCACAGGAGAGGACAGGGCAAGGCACAGCACAGCAGAGGACAGGGCAAGGCACAGCACAGCAGAGGGCAGGGCAGGGCACAGCAGAGGGCAGGACAGGGCACAGCAGAGGGCAGGACAGGGCACAGCAAAGGGCAGGACAGGGGCACAGCAGAGGGCAGGGCAGGGCACAGCAGAGGGCAGGACAGGGCACAGCAGAGGGCAGGACAGGGCACAGCAAAGGGCAGGACAGGGGCACAGCAGAGGGCAGGGCAGGGCACAGCAGAAGCCAGGGCAGGACAGGGCAAAGCAGAGGGCAGGAAAGGGCACAGCAGAGGGCAGGGCACAACAGAGGGCAGGAUAGGGCACAGCAGAGGGCAUGGCACGGCACAGCAGAGGGCGGGACAGGGCACAGCAGAGGUGAGGGUAAAUACAGUACAACUGUACAUCACUUGGAAGGGAUAUGAGGAAAAGGAGCUGGGAUAUGAAGACAGUGUAAAAGAAUGCUACCCAACCACUUGGACCAUCAAGGAUGAAUAUUAACCCUGCAAAAAAACAAGAAUGGUGCACUAUCAAUCUGUUCAAGUAGCAGCUCCGUGCAAAGCAGGGUGGCGUGUCAUAUCUUCUUGAGACAGUGGCAUUAUCAUUGACAAAGUCUUAGCAUCCAGGUUCUCAGAACCCUGGAUUAUACUAUGAACCUAUACUAUUUUCCACUACUUCCUUAUACUGUGCUGUGGUUUACUUUGAUCGAAGACUGUUUUUGCAGUUAUGAUAAUUUUGUUUCCACAUUCAAUACACUAGCAUAUUGUUGUUUAUAUUUUAACAUGUAGGUACAGCAUAUCAAAAUUUAUACAAGGUUGUGCAUACUUUAUGCAAUAUUUAUUUAAAAACAGUUACUUGUCAUCUGUAAUACUGUAUCUUGUCUUUCAUGGACUAAAUAAUCAUGGAUAUUGUUUUCUCUUCCUUACCUCUCCCUAAUAUACUCCAUAGUUUUAGUCACUUCAUACUAACUAACCUUGUUCCAUGUAUACCCCAGACUUUACCUCCCAUUCACAUUUGUUCUUGUCCACAGCUUUGUAAAUACUGUAUGCAUUGUGUCUGUAUUUAGUCCCAUUAUUCCAUCCAGCUGCCCAAGCCAUACAUAUACAUAUUCCAUCCUUUAAUUGAUUAAUUAUUUUUUGACAUUUAUAUUUGCUUACUGUUCCUCACCCAACAUGUAGUCAUUUCGUUGUGAAACUAUUUGCUUGCUGUAUGGAAGCUGUCAUAUACACCACUGAUACGUGUUUGGCGAAUCACAUUCUGUAAUUAGCAUGGCUGAAUUUUGCCAAGAUCUGCAUCUUAAAUAUUUUAUAAUUCCUUACUCUGCUUCAUAUUCUCUGAAAAUUUUCUUUCAGUUACAUUCAUUUAAACUGACAGUGCCAUUAUUAAGUACUGUAUUAAUAAUAUAAAUGUACUUAAAAAUAUCCAGCAAUAACUUAUCCUGUCAUGGAGUGUUUACUAAACCCUUGCUAUCCAUGCAAGUCCAAUGCUCUUGUCUGACUUUGUACUGCUGUAAAACAUUUGUGUAUGUAAUUAGUGAAUGCAUUUUGCACAAUUUAAUUACAAUUGUGUGUAAUGAAUGCAAGCAGUGUAAUACUAUUCUGCUUUGCACCUUGAUUCAAUUUCACUGAGAUUUGGAAUUGAUGCAGCAAAUGCCAGAUGAUCAGAUACUUUAAGAAUAUUCUUUUGUAGUUUAACAUAAAACUGCACCUCUACAUAUGCAGUAUAAUUAUAAUAACAAAUUUAAUAAAAGAUGCAUAAUGGAUGUACAGACUUUUUAGAACUUUCUUUUUAAAUGUUACUAAAAUGUUACUGUUAGGCCUGCAAACAUAAUUAAUUCAUGGAUCUGCAACAAAGAUUUUUUUUUGUUCUAAUACAUGGUUUUAUUCAUUCAAAGAUGCAAUGCACCUUGUGUGUGCAGAGCAAAAAUAUCAAACCAAGGUAAUUAUUAGGCGUGCUAAACCAGUAUGACUAUAGCAGGGGCAGCAAAACUUGCUUACUGUAAGAGCCACAAGUAGUAAGCUCAGGUGUUUGAGAGCCUCACGACAUGAACAAAAUUUACACUUACGGUAUGUUUUUAUUGUUAUAUACAUGUUUUGUUACAAAAAUUGUAUAUAAAUUAAAAAAAUGCAUAUUAAAUGUAAUAAUAUUUAUUCAUGCUUGCAGUUUUUAAACUGUUGCUGGUAUUCCAUCUGUUGUAGCACUGACGAGUUUAUUCAGUUGAAUAUUGGCAUUUUUUAAGGUUCUGUCAAGUGCAUUUUUAAUGUCUUUAGCACCAGUUUCUUCUUGUAAUGCCACCAAGUCCAACAUCUCUUCUUUCACAUUUACUUCAGAGGAAACGACAAACAAAUAUUGCCAGUUGCAGUUUGUCUUGUAUGACUGUUGAUUCCUCAAGACCUAAGCUGAAUGCAAGAUAAUUUUUUUAAUCAUUUUGCUUCCAACAUGAGCACCGAGAGAUACGCUUCUCUGUAGUGUGGCGUGAAGCUGGGGUUUGUGCUGUCCUCUGUAGUGUGGCGUGAAGCUGGGGUUUGUGCUGUCCUCUGUAGUGUGGCGUGAAGCUGGGGUUUGUGCUGUCCUCUGUAGUGUGGCGUGAAGCUGGGGUUUGUGCUGUCCUCUUUAGUGUGGCGGGAAGCUGGGGUUUGUGCUGUCCUCUGUAGUGUGGCGUGAAGCUGGGGUUUGUGCUGUCCUCUAGUGUGGCGUGAAGCUGGGGUUUGUGCUGUCCUCUGUAGUGUGGCGGGAAGCUGGGGUUUGUGCUGUCCUCUGUAGUGUGGCGUGAAGCUGGGGUUUGUGCUGUCCUCUGUAGUGUGGCGUGAAACUGGCAUUUGUGCUAUUAGUUGCUGAAGUUUUGUGUUAUUUAGGUCUAACACUGUCUGCUGGCUAUUUAUUGAUGAUUUUAAAUCAUUUAACUGAUUUUUUCCUUAGUCUGAUUUAGGCAAGUAAUAAUAUUAAAAUUUUUUGUGAUUACUUUCAUAGUGGCAUUUCAAGUUACUGGCUUUGUAAUGACUGAGUGGCACUUGGUAGAGAACGCACAAAGAUUUAGGCUUACCUCGUUUAACUGUGAAUGCAAACUCUUCCUCCCACUCUGGCUGAAAAUUUAUGUUUUCAUCUUCAAAUUUUAAUUUCUUACAAUUUAUUGAAGAACGUUUUCUUCCUUCACAAAGUUUUCAGAGACAAUUUAAAUAAGAUUUAUAUAUGAAGUGUACCAGCUAGGUCUGCACAGUUAACGUCUGCACUUGUACUGUACUCCCUCCCAUAGAUAUCACAACUCUUUAUAUUACCACACGUUUCUUGCUCUGGAUUCGAGUUAUAAUUUCUAGAAUAUUCGAAUUCCCUAGACUUUUUCAUGAGCUGCAUAUUGUGAGAAAUAUCAGGUCAAAGAGCCACAUGCAGUUCGCAAGAUGCGGUUUGGCCACCCCUACUAUGUAGCAUUUGGAAGGGCUGUAAGACAAGGAGCUAAAGUAGGAGAAAGGAGUGAAGGAACUGUGCCAACCACUUGGACCAUCAGGGAUCAGAUGCUGCCCUUCAAGCAGCAAUGCUGUCGCUGUACCAUCCGGUCCAAGUGGAUGGAUUUUAUCAUACCAAAUAAAUAAAUUAUUGCUUUCUGGAGAAUGUCACAAUGUGGAUGAAAUAAACAACCCAACCCCUGCAAACAUGAAAUGAAAGUGAUGACAUCACAGCCAGUCUUGAAUUCUUGUCAUGUUAUGUCAUGUCAUGACUUGAUAAAGGCCCAAGACAGACCACACAUCAUUAUUUCCAUUUCAUAUGUGUGGGCUGCAUUAUUUAUAAGUCAUGAUUCCAUACAAUAAAUUUAGCUGCAUAUACCAUCACACAGGCACUUGCCCUAUCCUAGGAACAUCAUUGAAUGGCCUGUUUACUCAGUGUCUAUAUCCAUGUAUUAAUGAAAGUGAAUUUUCCAUUUGAUGUAUUAAACCUUUGCUGCAAGGAUAUUGUAAAUCUUCAGUGAAGAUGUUACUGAUUGUUGUUCGAGUUGGCUCGAAUUAAUAAGUAACAAAUGGCAACAAAGUUUAGAUAUGUAUCAUAAUGUACUAGUUACUCUAGAAAAAUGUAGAUGCAGUUUGGUGAAAUGGAACAAAAGACAUUUUUGUUGACUGAAAGACUUCGAGUGCCAUUGUUGCCUAGAACACUAUUAAUCAAACUUUUAAUAAGUCUGAAGUAGCAUCUUGCUUGUAUAUAUUGAUUCUAAUCAUUGUGAUAAUGAUGUCACUUUACUAACAUUAGAUGUAGGGUUGAAAAUACCAAGAUAGGCAUCAACUGGUUUCAAGAUGACAAUUUUUGCUAGUAAACUUUUUUUCAACCAUUAGCAGCAAGCCGACUUGUUAAGAUUUUUAAAACUCUCAUGUGCACACUAUUACCUUGACAUUGUCUUAUUCUCAGCUUAGUGUUUUCAAGCCUAACAUACAUAACAAACAUGUUGUGGUCAGCUAGAGGUGAUACACAGCUUAGCUAUGUAAGUAUUGAUUAGUGUUUGCAAUAUGCAUUGCUUAAGAUGGUCAUUAAUGCAAUAAUCAAAUAAUUAGCAUCGAAGAAUGCUAUUUGUAUCACAGUUUUAAUAUAAAAAUGUAAGUGAUAAUUAGACAAGCUUUUGAUGUGUAGCAUUGUUGAGAUCAAAUGUUAUAUGCAGUACUGUAUACUUUUGUGCAGAAUAACCACAGCCUUGGCUUAACAUGUACGAACUCUAAUUGCUUCUUUUACUUGAUUAUACUGUACUACACAAACUCAUGUUGAAAUUUCCUACAUCGUUGUUCUGCAUCUUGAAGGUCAUAUAUUUUGUGAUUUCCCUGCACAAUUGAUAUAUUAUACAAUGUGUGUGUGUGUAUAUAAUAAUAAUUUUAUAGUGUAUUGCUUUGUAAAUACACUAUACUGCAUCAUAAAUUAUUUGUGAUGUUGCUAAGUAGAUAUGCUAAAGUGAGCAAAUUAAAUACUGGUUUAAAAAAUCUUUGAAUUGUGGCUGUUUUAUAUUGUAUUUUAUCCGAGUUCACCAGAACUUUUAAUAAUAUCAGGAGUCAUAAUACUGUUCAAUCUAAGUUGUAUCAAUAUUUGCUCUAAUCACAUUACAAACCCCAAAUCUAACAAGACAAUUAUUUUUGUUUAAUAAAAUAGUUUUUUUAAUUAUGGAUGGCAUCUUGGUGCCUUUUGAUCCUUUAACUGUGAAUCCAAUUUGUUGAUAUAUUAGUUAGUGUUAAACAAGAAAUGACCCACCGGUUUGAAUAAUGAAAAGUGUUCUUUAAAGUAGAUUAGUAUAGAAGUGUUAAGGUUUAGCACAAUCAGUGUACUUGUUACACUUAGAUACCUUCAGCAAUGAUGCAAUAUGUCUUCCUUCUCCUAGUGUCUCUGUUCUCUCUAGUGGGUGCCUGUAGGGCAGUAGUGUGAGCUUGUUGUGUGGACAGAGGUGGGGAAGCCUUAAUCAAUCAUCGUUUGCUGUGCCUUCAUUCCUAGUUAAGAUUUUCUUGUUGUUUGCAUCAGCAGUAUUCCAAACCAACAUUGUGCACCUCCUGUCUUAUUUAUUGUGCCUUUGACCCCACAAAUCCUGCAGUUACUGCGAGUUUUUAACUGAAGAAGAGAUAUGUUCUAUCUUCUCAUAGAUGUAGCACUUUCAAGACUUUUGUUUCAAGAAUUCUUUAUUAUGUACUAUACUAGGAAUGGUUAUUGUGUCAACCUGUUCUCUCGCCUAAUAUAUCUCGGCUUUCACGGAAUUGACCUAUCUGUUCAAAAUGAGAUGUAUAGUAUUACUAUAUUAGAACUCUGCAAUAUUAACAUUAUCUUUUUGUUGUGUGCAUUGCCUCAAUAGCUUAGGUUGGUUGCUUGGGUUCAUAUGUUUUUGGUUAGAUAAAACGAUUAUAUUUUUCAGAGUGGCAAAUUAAGAGAACAGGCCAACUCUGUGCCAUGAAAUUAAGACUAGUUUCAGGUAUAUCUACUGAGUUCAAGAGAAUUUGCACAAACUUCUUAAUUAUUUGUCUGCAAGUGUGUGUGUGCAGUAUUACAUAUUGAAAUAAAUAUCACAUUACA